UGAAGCCUAUAAAUAAAACAGAUGUGCGCAGCAUGUUUCAGUGCAGGUGAAGCAGCGUGGAGCUCCGCUGUCUCUCUCUCUGGAUGAACGAAGGUUAAACUCAAACCUGCAGCAGAGGCAGCCAAUGCCGCAGACAGACAGAUGCCUCCCAGCUUCCUGUCAUUCUGCCCUCCUCAGCAGACCGACGCCUCCUCACGCUCCGGCCAGAGGACACGGAGCAGACUGCAGCCAUGGGAGCGCAUCAGCCCACCCGCAGGACCACCGGAGAGGACCGGGCUGCUGCACUCUUCCUGACCGAAGGUUGAACCCACAUUAUGAGUGAGUUAGACGCUUCGGGGGUGGGGGACAAUCCCCCUCCCUAUAUUAUCUUUGUGGUGGUCUUCCUCUUCUUCCUCACCGGACUGCUGGGCUUCCUCAUCUGCCACCUGCUGAAGAAGAAGGGCUACCGCUGCCGCACCGGGGACAUGGACGAGGACGAGGAGGAGGAGGAGGAGGAGGAGGAGAAGCUGGGAGUAAAUGCAGACGACGAUGAUGAAGAGAAUCAGGAUACAGUGGAGCAGAUCCUCAAAUGCAUCAUUGAAAAUGAAGCUAACAUGGAAGCCUUCAAUGAAAUGAUUGGAAAGCACAACAUCUGUGUGCGCCACGACCCCAGGUUGCGUAAGGAAUCGAUUGGUGGCGUUCCUCCCCAUCUCCACACAGUCCACUCAGGAAGCGACCACAACUCGUGCCACCUCUGCGCCCAGGUCAAAUCUAAAAAGGGACGAAGACAAAGCCGGACUCCCCGAUUGAAACAACGACCUGGAGAGCAGACCGUCUUCUCUGUUGGCAGGUUCAGAGUUAUUCACACCGAUAAGAAACUCCAUGGAGGUCCAAAUCCAAUGGGUAGUUCAGGAGACCAGCUGGACCAAUCCCAGGAUAGCGACGAGAGGAAGGAGGGCGGGUACAAUCUGAGAAGCAUGUUCAAGGAUGUCCGACCACCUUCAGAGAACACCAAUGGGGUUGCUCCGGCUACAGGGAAACGCAGGAAAAGUUUAACCAUAUUUGGGCUGAGGCGGGGAAGCGACCCUGUUGUUAAAACAGGAGAGGGGAUGGGAAGGGAGCCCGGAGGUGUUAGAUUUGCUAUUAAGCAGCAACCUGUGGUGCUGGAGGAAAUGUUGCAGGGAGAGGACACUAAAGGACUCUCUGAACCUGGUACUAAACCUGGAAACAAACCUAAAACCGAACCAUCAAAGAAUCAAAUCCCUGCUGCCCAAAAACAGGAGGCUAAAACUUCAGGUCCAGAAGAUUCUCCUGCUUUGCAAAAUCAGAAACAGGGCAACGACUCUAAACAAGGACCCUCUCCUGAAACUGGUAUGAAUCCCCGGAUAAAACCUUCUGUUGGGAAUAUCACAGAGUCCAUCCCAAACUCUCUUACUGUUGUAUAUCCUGCUUCGUCUGGACAGACAUUUAAGAUAGCAGAGAAACCAACAGACCUCGGAGAGAAGGCAUUAAUAUAUGAAGAAGGAUUUGACCCUGGGCCUAUACAGACCUCCACACCCAUCGCCCCCAUGUAUGGAUGUUUGAUUCCUACUCAUCACCCUGAAUCCUAUCCUAACACAGAUUAUCCAGUAACCCAAACUCCUCCUGACCGGAGCUCCAGCCCGGAUCUCGACCCAGGUUAUGGUGCUAACCUUGUUUUAAUAAGCCUAGGGUCAUCCCCUCCAUCUUCUUACCCAACAAGGUCCCAAUCUUCAUUUUCUUCUUUAAAAACACCUACCUCACCUCUGGUGAUCACACCGAGCCCCAACCUAGGUGCAAGAAAUACAUCAUUGGGGGAUACACAAACUGGCUUUUCCCCUAUUCUUACUCCAAGCCCCAAACUCCCAUCAGGCCGGGCUACAUCCUCACCCUUUGGAAUAAGUGCUAGUCCAUUACAAGUCAGAACUCCUUCGCCUGGUUUUACGGCCGGCCUCACAUUAGACACCACACCAGUAUCACCAAGAACCCCCUCUUCUCCUGCGUACUCAAAUGAGUCCUCUGAACGUUCACCUCGUCUGGCGUUGAAGUCAGGAAGUGUGGCAUCAGUAACGUCUACAACCAGAGGUGAUAUGGUUUCAAGCCUCUUACCUUUGAGGGAACAAGAGCAAGAAGAAGCCAGUAUCUCCAGUACAGAAGAAAAGAAAGAAACAAAGAGGGCUGGGAUUCUGAAAAAAGCUAAACUCUCACCUGUUGAGGGAUGUCAGCUCUCUGAAGACAGACCCACCAGUUUGCUUCUGUCGCCUUCCAGUCCAGCGCCCCCCUCCGGACCUGUAGGGAGCAGAAUUAGCAGUGUGACCAUCGUGAAAGCCAGCCCUGACAGCAAGAGAGAGUUUUCUGUUGUCACCAUGGAGGAGAGGGAAGAAUCCUCAGCGAAGGAGAAGGAAAGAGAGACUUCUGAACUUGGUGACAAAUCAGAAAAAUUGGAAAGUCGUCCAGCAGUCGACCAGGAGAGACAGGUUCCUGUUCAAGGUGUUGGAGAACCUGAAAGACAAAGUGGAGAGACUUCUGGAGCAGAGGUUAGGCUAACAGUGAGCCAAGACAGGGAUGAUAUGAUGGAGAUGGAAGAUAUAAGAGACUGCAAAGUGACUCAGGAAGGGGACGGACAAUGUGCAGAGGAGAAGGUGUCAAACGUUGAAUCGAAACAGGACUGAGGUUAUGAGUCUCACAUGGAAAAGCAGAAGAGUUCUAUGGGAUAAGAAGCAGCACUCAGUGGACUAUAGAAAAUGACACGCAGUAAUAAUAAACUCAAGCAAUUAAAAGCUGCCUUUAAUCUUUUAACCACAGCACUGAAUAUGUCACAGCAAGACUGAUUCAUGUAAAAAUAUCAGACACUCUCCCACGUUUGGAUUUUAAGGAUGGUAUGCAGUGUGUUCACCACAAAUCACACAAACUUUACUUGAUGUAUUAUUAUUUGGCUUUAGUGGUUUGUAUUUUUUCAUGUCUUACUCUUACUGGUAUUGACUUUCGUUUUUUUUUCUUCCUUGUGAUAAAUGUAUGGAAACAUGCUUUGAGCUCUGAUGCUGCACAUAAGCCAAGAUGUGGUCUGAACAUUACGAGACAACAAUGUUGACAAAACUAAGAUUUGAUAAAGACGUUGCCAUGGUGAUCUCCAGAGAUUACCAAUCUAUCAUUUGCUAAUAAGAAUUUUGGAACAAAUGUAAACACAUACUCACAUAAGUCACAACUGUAGGUUUUGUCUUGAUAGGCUCUGGUUCAUGCUGCCAAUUAAGCAAUAGGGAGACACAUCAAUUACAUAGAUAUUCUGAAAUUCAUGUACCUUAUUGAAACACUUAAUUCUCACUCACAUUGUUUAGCUGAUUUCUAAAGAGAAUUCAAAUGGAGGCAACAAUUCAUUUUUUUGAUAUAUGAAAAUUUGGAAGGUGUCUUAAACUCUGAGUGUGCAGUCAUGUUCCGAGCAGGCAACGUUAAAGCGAGAGGGAAAUGGAUCAGAAUUAAAGUAACUUUGGUCUUG